ACACCAUAAUAAUGUCUCAUUUAAAUAUAUUUCAUUCAUUCAUUAUCAUUAUUAUUACUAUUAUUAUGAUCACUUUCAUAAAUCAUGUUUCAAUGAAAUCAAUUUUAAAAAUGAAACCAAAAAAUGAAUUUAUUAAAACAAAAAAAGAUUUAUUCAAAAUUUUAUCAAAAUGGCCAAUAACAAUUAGAAAUCAAUUAAAAUUACAUAUUCAAAAUUUAAAUUUUCAUGAUAUAAAAAAUGUAUUUAAUUUAUGCGCUAAAACUAAUGAAUCAAUACCAAUAUUUAUUGAAAAUAGUAAAUUUAUAUUUAGUCAAUCAAAUUUUUGUAAUAAACAAACAAAUUUAUGGAUUUUAAUUAUUGUACAUACACAUCCAAAUCAUCGUCAAAAACGUGAUUUAAUUCGUGGAACAUGGGGAUCAUUAAGUCGUGUUAAUAAUCGUAAAAUUGGUGUAUUAUUUUUUAUGGGUUUAUCAAAUGAUUUUAAUGAACAAAAAUUAAUUGAAGAAGAAGAACAAAUUCAUGGUGACAUUGUUCAACGUGCAUUUCUGGAAGAUUACUAUAAUAUGACGAGGAAACAUAUAACGAUUAUGGAAUGGAUUAGUAAAGGUUACUGCAACAAUGUGCCAUUUCUAGUCAAAGUUGAUGAUGACACUUUUGUCGAUAUAUUUCAUUUGACACGCUACUUAGAAUUAAAACAUAACAACCUAAAAGGUUUAUUCUACUGCACUGCUACAAGUAAUGUUAAAGUUGUACGACCAAACAGUAUAAAACAUUCCAAGUGGCAAAUAAGUGAAAAAGAAUAUCCCGAAAAAAUAUUUCCAACAUAUUGUGAAGGCUUUGGAUAUGUUAUGGAUAUGAAACUGGCUCCCUACUUAUACUGGUGUUCAAUGUUCCAACCACCUAUAUGGAUAGAUGACGUUUAUGUAACGGGAAUUUUAGCACGAAAUCUAGGUAUACCAAGAUUGAGAUUUGAAGAUGGACAUAGUUAUUUUAACUUGAAACCUGCAAAAGAUGAAGGUUUACUUGCAGACUCUAUAUUUUUAGUAUCAUUCUACAAUGAAUUCUAUCCACUUACAGUACAAGAUAUAUGGCGUGAAGUUGUUGCACAUAGUAUGGAAAUUGAUUAAUUUAUAUUAUAUUCCUCUUUCCCCUCCAUUGAAUAAUCAAUAAUUUAAAGACAGUUACGUAAUAAUUUAUAUACUUGUUCAAAUCUAUUUAAUAUGAAAUUAGAUAAAACGUUUAGUUGUCAAUAUUUUUAUACUGUUAAAUGAAAUAUUUGUUUUAAAUUACGUUGACAUAUAUAAAAAUCUAUAUUGUGACAA